UUGUAUGUGCGUUGUUACCGGAAAUGACGAACAGAGGCUAGCCCAUCGAAGCGAAGCUCUAGAGUGCCAUACGGUAGUCUCCAAUUAUGACAUUCUUUGCAACUUGGGAAGAAUUUGCUAAGGCAGCUGAAAGAUUAUAUAUGAACGACCCAUCACGGUGCCGCUACGUCAUUAAAUAUAGACAUUGUGAUGGAAAACUGGUGAUGAAGAUAACAGAUAAUAAGGUGUGUCUUCAGUACAGAACAGAACAUGCACAAGAUAUAAGAAAAGUAGAGAAACUGACCAGCCAACUUAUGCGACAUAUGGCCUCUAAAGAAAAAUGAGCUGAACGUUCAUGUGCACUAUGAGACAAUGCAUUGUUAAACUGUGGUAUACAAGCUUAAUCUGAUCCUUCUGGGAAGAAACAGCUAUUUCCUAAGUCAUCUGAAAGAAGUAAAAGUCAUGAACAGCCAAUUGUCUUUGUCCCUACAUUUAUCAUUUAAUGUUUUUGCAUUGGCACCAGAUUAGGGGGCAAGACUAAAAGUGUCCAGCUUGUAUAUGGCAAAGGAGAGUUUUAUUUCUUAAACACCAAUGUUUUGGGCAUAUAAGAUUGCUGAGAUUGUAUUUGUAUGAAAAAAAUUGCUUGACUGGAUGUGAACACAGAGCAUAUGCCUCUUUAUGAUAUUUAUGAAAGCAAAGUAUUUUAGCAGUGUCAACAUUGUUGCUUGAAAGUUGGUUUUGAGAAUGAAUAAAAUUGUUACCUUUCAGCUUAUUGCCAAGUAUGUUUCUCAAACUGAUCAGAAACAAAUUUGGUUAAAUGGCAAUUGAAGGCAGUGAUAAUGUGAUUAUUUGCUUUGUGGUUACUUUCAUCUGUAGUGAUUAAAGCUCUGAUUGUCUUGCUUAUGAUUUGUUGGCAUGACUGAAGAUGCUUGAAACUGUAAAAAUUCAUCUGGAAUGAAUGAUUUAGUCUUCAUAUUUAUGGUUUUCAUUAUCAUUAUUUUUUUUUCCUUUUGAAUUGUAAGUGGUUAAUGGGAUUAAUGUAAAGAUCUUUAAUUUUAUUGUCAGUAUUGUUUUAAAGUUAAAAUAUCCAUCACACUAUCUCAUGAAAAAAUGGUCUCAAAUUAUACAACAGAAAUAUG